AUGCAAAGCCUUCUCGUCAGAGAAAGCGAUAUUCUGGAAAUAAACAGAGAUUCACAACUCUCAGGAGUGACAUAUACUGCUCUAAUCAUUCCGUGGAUCGCUAUUUCUCUAAGGGUCUACACCAGGUUAAAGAUACAAAAACUGUUUGGCACGGAUGACUAUCUCGCUGUAAUAUCUUUGUUUGUUCUUACGACUCUCUGUGUUAUUUUAAUUAAAACCGGCACCCAUCUUGGCCUCGAUACCCACCGGGUCGACAUUACUCCGCAUUAUUUAGUAAAACUUUCAUGUUACACAUUCACUUGUGAGAUUCUCUACAUAAUUACAAUUGCCCUUACCAAACUAAGCAUCGGAUUCUUUUUUCUUCGACUCACAACCAGAAAUUAUCAAAAACAUGUAAUAAAUUUCACUAUAGCUAUAGUAUUCAUUCUCUCAAUAAUUUAUAUUUCAUUUACUAUUUUUCAAUGUCAGCCAGUAAACUACUUUUGGCGUCAGCAUGAGACCAUUCCUCCACUAGGAACAUGUCAGACAAGAAAACAUGUCGUCAAUUUGACCUAUGCUCACGCAGCUAUGAAUUGUGCCACUGACUGGAUCUUUGGAAUCUUGCCAUUUCUCUUCAUCAGGAAGCUUAAUCUAAGUCCGAGGAUCAAACUAUCGGUGGUGCUUAUUCUUUCCUUGGGUUUUUUUGCUUCCAUUGCAACUAUAAUUCGUAUAAUAUAUUUGAGUCUUCUAGGGGGAAGUUCUGGCUAUACAUGGGAGAGCAUAAAUCUUAUCAAGUGGUCUAUAAUUGAACCAUCUGUUUCAUUGACAGCAGCUGCGUUGGCGACAAUGCGACCGUUAUUUCAGGGAUUAUUUUCACCUAAAAGUCGCCUGCCCAGACUCAGCAUCAGUGUAAGAGAAGGAUAUGCAACAGCUCCAGGCGACAGCUACCCUAACGAGUUUGCUAUUAUGCUCGGGCUCGCAGUCUCGCCCGGUGUUAAGACUACGGUCUAUGCGGAAAACACACUGGAUUCCUAUUGUUCCAGAAAAUCUGCAUGGAGCGAAUGGCGAGAAAGUAGUGUGGGCCUCGUGAGCCCAAUAUGGAAAUCUUCUUGGCGCGGCUCUACCAAGAAUGAAGACGAAUUUCAAAGGCACACCUUUGACGCUGUUCAAAGCACCACCAGUCUAGGACUAGGUGAUCUGGAAGAUGGAAAUUGGGUUGUUCACAGAGAUUCAUCUUCCGGUAUAACUAAGACCACGGUGAUAACCCGACAGAUAGGAAAAUGA